CGUAUGAUUUCCUGUCAGUAAAAAUCUUCAGUAGCCUUGGAAGUUCUAAUUUAUGGACAUUUUUUUUCCAGUUGGAAUAGUUUAAGCUGUUUAAAAAAUCGUUUUGCAGCGGAUCAGCAAAGGAAUGUAUUUUUCUUCUGUGAUAAUUUAUUCAUUUAUUUAAAUUUCUGCUUGAUACUGCAAUGAAGAGGGUUUAUAAAAUAUGUUUAUGUAAACUGAAGGUCAUAUUAAAACAUGCCGGAUUCAUUCAAAGACUGUUUAUAAUCAGUGAGGUAUAAUGCCUAUAGGUUUCGGAUAUUCCUGCCCAUGUGACAUGAAACCACAGAUAUUUUUUAAGAUGAGAUUCAGGAAGUAGGGAAUUAGUUGAACAAUUUGUUGGUUCAAAUUGGCAUGCAUCGUAUAUUCUACUGCCUUUGGCAGCAUCAAUCAAAGCGGAACAAUCUCAAGUGCCAUUGAUUAAAUCUUACUACUCUUAAUGUGCAACAUGAGUGCCAUCAAGAGGCCAUUGCGUAUCUCUAUUGGAUUGUAAAUUACUUUUUAGACAAUAAGGUUUACACAUCUCAUAUCCUAUUCUCGCACAGAGGACUCUUGGUCUCUUUGAUUUUUGAGAUUUGUGAGGUCAAUGCUUCCGGCAGCUUAUUUGGCUAAGUGGCAGUAUCGGGCCACGGAAUCCCCCAUCGAUGAAGCUGAGGAUAAGCUACAGUUGAAGUUCAAACCGCCAAAGGAUACGCCGUCAAUUAAUGACUUUGAGAAGAAAUUAGCGGAAGCAGAUGCCUACCUACAGCUUCUCAUCAAUCAAACGGAAUCCCUUGAAGCUAAGAUGAGUCGAGUAACUACAGAAGUUGAUAGACCAGAGCAAGACCAGGUUUUAGCUACAGCUAAGGGUAUGAUCGAGUCCAUAAAACAAGCAAUAGUAUUAUUGCAAGUAGCCAAGACAUCCCUCUAUCCCAUUAAUGGUAUAAUCCAGGGUGAUCGAGAAGGGGAAUCUGGAACGUCAGCUGAACAAGGCUCCAUGCCACGGCCUACAAAUUUAGUUGUAACUACCAAUCAUAAUGAAUCUACCACCAAGCCACCUGUUUCAACAGAACAAACUGGCGUUGAAUCACCGAUUAGAGCGCAACUACGAAAUGACCCCAUCCCCACUGUAUCCUACUCAAGUAGUGAGGAUGAAGAAUUUUUUGACGUUGAUGAAUAUCAAAGUGAUGACAAUAAAGAUGUAUCGAAGAAAGUGAACGGUGCUGAAAAGGAGAGAGCCGAGUCUUUCUCAAGAUACGAUGAAUCCGAAGAUGAAGAUGAUGUGAUUGAUUGUGAAAAGCAUGGGAGUGUCAUCACGCACCUCCUGUCCCAAGUACGCCUUGGGAUGGACCUAACCAAAGUCGUGCUUCCAACUUUCAUAUUAGAGACGAGGUCAACUUUAGAGAUGUAUGCAGAUUUCUUUGCGCACGCAGAUCUAUUCUCAACUAUUUCCUCUAUAGAUGACCCUAAGGAUAGAAUGUUUCAAGUGUUACGAUGGUACCUAUCUGCCUUAUCAGCCGGACGCAAGGGCUCAGUCGCUAAGAAGCCCUACAAUCCAAUCAUUGGAGAGACGUUUCUCUGUUAUUGGGAUGUGGAUCCCGAAAAUACAGAUCAGAAUGACUUAACAACAGAUGGCCCUUUACCCUGGGCUCCAAAAGACAGUGUAACUUUCAUUGCAGAACAAGUAUCCCAUCAUCCUCCAAUAUCUGCAUUCUAUGCUGAAUGUUAUAACACAAAAAUGGCUUUCAAUGCACAUCUAUGGACUAAGUCAAAGUUCUUAGGAUUAUCAAUAGGCGUUGAUAUGAUCGGGCAAGCUUGUGCAUCUGACCUGAAACAUGAGGAAGACUACUUCUUGACUUUCCCUAGUGGCUAUGGCCGAUCCAUCCUGACCGUGCCCUGGUUUGAAAUGGGUGGCAAAGGUCAAAUCGUAUGCAAUAAAACAGGAUUCUCAGCGAAUAUAACAUUUCACACUAAACCUUUUUACGGUGGAAAGAGACAUAGAAUUUCAGCUGAAGUUGUUCAUGUGUCAGACCCUAAGAAACCUAUUUUAUCAGUACAAGGGGAAUGGAAUGGUGUCAUGUGUUCUAAAGGCCCCAAUGGGAAAUAUGAAGAGCCUUUUGUUGAUACUAAAUCUAUGAAGAUUAUUAAGAAGAAAGUGAAGCCAAUGAGUAGCCAAGGAGAGUACGAAUCUAGAAGGUUAUGGAAGGAUGUGACGUUUCAUCUUAAAGCAAAAGACAUGGAGAAGGCAACGGAAGGUAAACGAUUCCUUGAACAGAGGCAGAGAGAUGAGGCGAAAGAACGGAAAGAAACGGGUACUGUGUGGAAACAUAAGCAUUUUCAUGAAGAUGGUGAAAUUUUUGCAUACAAUCAUCGCCUUCAAUCAAGACUAUUAGUAAACAAAGAAGAGUCUGCUUCCUGAAGUAGGUAUAUUUAGUGAGCACCAGUUAUCUUAAGUCCAUCGCACCUGAAGUAUGUACAUUGUAACGUCCUGGUUUUUAUAGUGAGCUGAGACCACCUUGAGCUCUUCAAUCUUUGAGCAUGUACUGUCCUGAUUUUUAAAGAGAGCAUCAGCUUAUCAUGUUUAAGUUGUCCCCUUGAAUAUGUAAAUCGUAAUACCCCAAAAUUAGGAAUGGAAGUGGCCAAUUCUUUAUUGCUUCUGAUUACCUGGUUUAUAAAGUAAUCAGCUUCCAUUUUAAGUUUCAAAUAAUCACCAGUUGAUGAAAAAUUCACCGUCCAUUGAAUAUGGUUCGAAAUAUAUUAAUAGAUGUAGAUGUGACAUCGCAUUAAUUAUGACACCUUUUUACUGUAGUUUUACAUAGUUUACUUAUCACUGAGUGGGUAGUAGUUUUUCUACAGUGAUAUGCAGAUUUUUUGGCGUUUUUGUGGCUUGUGUGUGACUAACACAAAUGAAGCCGUUUACUGACACUGCUAGGCAUAUUUUGCUGCUACGCACAGCCAAAUGCCACGAGCAAACCUUAUUACAGUGUUGGGGAAAACAAUUGAAGCCUAGACCUAGAAGCCUAUGCCUAUACCUAGGCUAGAUGAUUGAGUUAUAAAUAAAGCAAUUAAUGUCAAAUUAUUUCAGGUACUGAUUGGAAAAAUGAAUUCAUAGGAGCCAUUAUUUCCUUUAAAAUAGAAGUUAAUUGUCAGACCCUUCAGGCCUUCUGGCAUUUUUUCAGGAAAUAAUUAAUCUUUUGAGUUCUGUAUUUCAACAGUUCCCUGACAAUAAUUUCAAACUAAUAUUAAUUUUUAUUAUUAUUUGAAUUGAUAUUCUUAUUUUUAUUAUUAUUGUUCCAGAAUAAAAUGAAAAUGUAUUUCUUCUCACUCUGUUAAUGGAGUAAGAAUCAAAUAAACCCAAAUUGACACCUUUUAGAGCUUUGCCAAACUGAUUAAUCAGUAAAUAAGCAGUCUGAAUAAGAGUCUAAAUCCAGGUUAGUCUCACUUUCAUUGUGGCUGACCUUGAAAAAUUUAAAGAAUUGCAUCCCUAGAAGACCAAACAAUAGUACUUGCAGAAAAUUUUUUUUCAAUGUAGACCUAUUAUAAUAAUGACAACACUCUGAACUUAAAGACAAUUUUUCAUGAUUAAGUAUGUUAAAUUUAUGAAAACUCUUAAAAUUAACUGGGAAUAGGUUUUUUAGAACCUUGGAGAUAUCACAAAAGAGUGGAAUAUUCAAAAAACCUUGGAGAUAUCACAAAAGAGUGGAAUAUUCAAAAAAAGAGUGGAAUAAGAAAAAAAACAACAAAAAAAACCGUAGGUGAUAUAUGGGAGCCUCCCAUCCAAACUGAGAGAGUUAAACCUUAUUUGAAUUAAUUAUUAAGCCUAAUGUUUUUUUGGUAAAAGACUGUUAAAGCCAAGCUCCAUAGGAAAAGAAAAUUAAUAAUGUUGUAGAAAUCGGUGGAAAAGGAUAUUUACCCCCAGUUAUUUAAAUAUUCUAAAAAUCUGUGUCUCAUUAACUGCUUCUAAGUUCUUUGUCAAAUAUGCUUUUUGUGUCUUAGAAAAAAUAUCAACAAUUUUUUCUUUCCCUCUGGAGCAUGAUUUUACUGUAAAACAAAAAGUAUGACAUUAUAGUUAUAUGUAUUCCCUUGAUCAUAUAUCACCAUCAAAUAUUAUAAAUAUUAAAAUACAAUUAAAAAAAAAAACUAUCAUAGAAAUUUAUUUAAUUACAUGUAGAUAUAUAAUUUAUCGCAUAAUUGUUAUUGUUCAUAUCUAUCAUACACUCUCAGGUAGCUGAGUGUGUGUGUUUUCUAGUACCAGUGAUUGGUAAAUAUUAAGAGCACUGGAGCAAUUGUCUGCGCUGUGCACUUUUAUUAAUUUUAUUAUUGAGGACUGACAUUAUUACCUCUGCCAAGGAGUCCAUGUAUUCUUCCAUGUUUGUAUGUUUGUUAGGGUUACAGGUAGAGUAAAACAAAUUUUCUAAGCCAGACUUGAUCUUGUAAACUUCAAUGAGAUUUUGAAUUCCGCGAGUCGACUGACCAAGCAGCAAGGCAGUGACGCUGCCAACUACAGGCGUAACUGCUUAAUGUGCUGGUUGAGACUCACGUCGCCCAGUGUUUUGCUUGGUUGAAUUCUUGUCAGAUAAGAAAUUAGAACCAUGGGUGCAGUGUACGCUUCUGGCUUGCAAGGGUCCCUGCAAUUUUUUUUUUUUAUUAUUCUUUCUAACUUUACCUCUAUGUAUUUUACUGCAUGUGGUGAUAUGGCCAUAUAAAUUCAGGGAAACAAUGAAUACAGUAAAGAUUGCAAAUAUUGUAAAUUGGAGAUGUGAUAGUUAAAAAUUGUUGGUUGGUUGUAUGGAAGAGCAUGCCAAAUUCUACAACGCGUUUCGGUGCUUGUGGUAGCCAGGUUUUCCCUCCAAUAAAUACCACUUUUGUGACCGGGGUUUCCAUGGUCUGUGGCAGGUUUGGUCUCGAAUUAGAAUAAGAAAGAUAAAAGACAUCAAUUGUUAAUAUGGGACCACAGAAAAGUGGUUUAAUAAUUAGAGGUGGUCUUUAAUUGAAGGGGCCUUUAAUGAAAGGGACACCUAUAUUUAUAAUUGUUAUUGUAAUUUUUUUUUAUUAUUAUUUUUUCAUUAUUUUAUUUGUAUUGAUAUAUUAGUAAUGUUUUAUUUUACUUUAAAAUACUUACAUGUUGCUUACUUUUGUUUACUAUUAUUGUUAUUAUUACAAAGCUUUAUGGUAUAAUGUAUUUAAGUAUUCUUAAAAUUCCAUACCACCCCUGUAAUACAUCUUAGAUUAUGUUUUUAAUUUUUGUUUUGAUUUAAUGUAAUCAACAUAGUGAUAAACACCCACCGCUUAAGGUCAUUUUUAAUAAUUUUAUUUAGAUCAAAUCUACCACCCUCAAAACUAUAUAAUACCAAAAAUAUGUUAAAUUUUGUCUUCGGAGUAUAUUUUGUUGUUAAUAAUUUCUUUGUUAAUAUUUCUACUCAAGGAUUAUUCAUUUGAAUUUAGUUAAUGUUAUAUACUUGUUUAAAACAUGUUUACUGUAUUAACAGUCAUGUUUAAUUAUAAAUGUAUAUUACAUUAUUGUAUGUUUGUAAAUAUAAUAGUUGUUUUCUAUCAAGAUUCUUCCACUUUGGAUGAUAUUCUGAUAAUGACAACUUAAUCUUAAUGACUAAUAAUUAUUAACUAUGUCUACCAGUGGUGGAGAUUGGGGAAGAAAGGGUGCAUUUAGGUAUAUCAUUUAAUCAAAUUCCUGACAAUUAGUAGUAACAGCAAAUAACCUUGUCAAAUAAAACUUUUAAUUAAAAAAAAAAAAAAAGUUAUUCAAAACCUAGUCGCUCCCCAUCCACUUAGUAUGAUCAUUGUCAUACAAAUACUAUGCAACAAAACAGAGUUACGAACUUGCAAAUUGCGUUGAUGUUUCAAUAUUAAAAAUGAGAUAACAAGAUUAAGACUGAUAUUCCAUACAAUUACUGCAGAAAUAGACAGAUGAGUAAUACAGUAUCACAUUGUACCAAAUACAGUAGUAUUGAACUGUUAGAGGUCCGACUCUCGAGGUAUUGUAGAAACGUAAUCCUAUUUCAAAAAAGUAUACCACGAACUUGAGGGCGUACUCUAAAAGGCGAGUUUUCAACUCUAUUUGAAUUGUAAUAAGGCGCCCCCUAUCUCGUGGUAGUACAAUUUUUAAGGUUUCAUUCUGUGCAUACAAAAUCAGAGCAGUUGGACCUCUUGCAAUUCUAUACUCAUUGAUUGUGCUUACAACUGUAAAUUUCCAGGUACGUACACAUCGUGAUGUUAUUUCAAUUUAGCACUGCCUUAAUUAGCCUAUGAAUGAUGUCGUUCCCGAGUUUUAGAAUUUGAAUGGUGUUUUAUGCUGUGUAGAAUGUCAGCUUUAAUUCAUAAAUUUCUGCUGCAGUUGUAUGUUAAACGAAAGUGUGCGGGGUGGGAGACAGAAAUUGUGGUACUAUGUUAAUACAGUAUAUUGGUAUAAUCAGAAUAUCAACACGGCCAAGAACACAAAUAAUAGAUGGUGAUUUGGUUUGUAAGUUUGAGCGAGUUCUUACUUCAUGCAAAUGUUGAACUGAAAUAAAAAAAAAUGAAAUAAAAUAAACAAAUAUUAAAUCAAAAA